AUGGAAGAUGCCUGCACAAACGUCACCCACGCCGCGCGCCUGGUGCAGCUGCUCAAGAUCCAAGGCUUCAGCGCCACGAAGUGCAUGACCACCUGUCGUUACGGUCACAACUACAUCCCAUCCAGAUGGACCGUCGAUGGGUACGAGUGGGAAGUCCGUAUCUAUCCUGGGAUGGCGCGAAGCUCGGACAAUCGCAAUCUGUUGGUGGCACUAACGAUUUCAUGUUGCAGCAAACCCCGCGGAUCAGGUGUGGAAGCGAGCCUAGCCUGUCGGCUGAUAGAUCCCAGCGGGAAGCUUGAACCUUCUCAAGGGGGUAGUGCGUCAGGAACCUUCUAUAACCAGGAAGAAUGCAGGGAUCUCGUGUUCCUCGGGCGUAGAGAUGAUUUGGCAGGUUAUCUCAAGGAUGAUACUUUGACCAUACAGUGCGCCAUCGCAGUACUCAAGCCCUUACCGUUACCGAGGAUCCCAGCUGAAGAGGUUCCGGUGCCAUCCUCCAACCUGCACCAGCACCUCGGCGAGAUCCUGCAGAGCAAGAUGGGAUCGGAUGUGACGUUUCUCGUAUGCAACGAGUCAUUUCGUGCCCACAAGAGCGUACUCGCCGCCAGGUCUCCUGUUUUCAAGGCCCAGUUCUUUGGAGAAAUGAAAGAGAAGAGCUCGCGGCGUGUGGAGAUCAUGGACAUGGAGCCGGAUGCAUUCAGAGCCAUGCUCCAUUUCAUCUACACCGACACGGUCCCUGAACUGGAAAAGCAAGAGGAGGCGUCGACGGUGAUGGCUCAGCAUCUGCUCGCAGCCGCUGACAGGUAUGGAGUGGACAGGCUCAAGCUGAUAUGUGAGGCUAAGCUCUCUCGUGGCAUCACCGUGGACACGGCAGCGACAACUCUGGCAUUAGCCAAGCAACACAAUUGUUCACAGCUCAAGGUCAAGUGUGGCAAGUUCAUCGUCAGAACUCCUGAAAUACUUGACGCUGUCCUGACGACGGAGGGGUAUAAGCACCUGGAGGCAAGCUGCCCUUUGGUGCUAACUGAGCUUCUCAAGUCUGUCCAUGGGAGGAAUGCGGAAUCGUAG